AACGUGUUGGAAGAACGUCUGGCUCAGAAUAAUAUUUGCAUCGCAGUCAAGGAGAAACUGACCAAAGACUCUGGAGUUGCGUCCGAAGGAGUUUACGACAAGAUUGUCCGAAAACUUCUAUCCAAACAACGCGCCCGAGGUGUGAUAAUAUUUGGGUCUGAUCAAGAAGUUGCUGGAGUCAUGAGAGCGGUUAAAAGAAAUAAUGCUACAGGAUACUUUUCUUGGAUUGGUAGCGAUGGCUGGAGCGCACGAUCCCUCGUCUUCGAUGGUAAUGAACCUCAAGUAGAGGGAACCUUAUCUGUCCAACCUCGUGCCCAUCUUGUGCAAGGCUUUGAUAAAUACUUCAUGGGUUUGAACGUGAAGAAUAACAAGAGGAAUCCCUGGUUUAUAGAGUAUUGGGAACAGUACUUCAACUGUAAGUGGCCUAAGAGCAUGACGACGCCGUACAAUCAGAAUUACGACAGGUACUGCACUGGGGAUGAAAAGAUGACGUACGAGAACGGAUACGAACCUGAAAGACAACUCCAAUUUGUCAGUGACGCUGUUCUAGCUUUCGCCUACGCAUUUCGUGACAUGCACCGAGACCUAUGUGGCGGGAAAGAAGGCAUGUGCCGAAGAAUGGAUCCCAUCGAUGGUACAGAGCUCUUAAAGUAUCUGUACAAAGUUCAUUUUACAGGUUUAAGUAGAGACGAAUUCCAAUUUUCCAGCAAUGGCGACGGACCUGCACGUUACAACAUCAUACACUUUAAACAGAUGGAGCCAGGAAGUUAUCAGUGGGUCCGAGUGGGCGAAUACAGAAAUGGUCAGUUGACCCUGAAUCUCUCGAAAGUCCAGUUCCACCUGUACGAGCCAGAGAUGCCGCCCUCUGUCUGCAGUUAUCCGUGUUUAAAAGGUCAGGCUAAGAAGUUGGUAGAAGGGGAAAAUUGUUGUUGGCAUUGUUUUAAUUGCACCAAAUACCAAGUUCUCCUCUCCGAGACUCAGUGUGUAGAGUGUCCUCUGGGGUUCCUCCCAGACACUGACCACAAAAGUUGCAUUGCUAUUCCAGAGCUGUAUAUGAGUCCAGAUAGUUCCUGGGCCAUAGGAGCGCUCGCCUUCUCUACCACUGGGAUCUCUGUUACAGUGUUCGUGAUCGUCGUGUUCAUUCGGUAUAAUGACACUCCAGUGGUCAGGGCGUCCGGUCGGGAACUCAGUUACGUUCUCUUGGCCGGUAUAUUAAUGUGCUACGGGAUGACGUACGUGCUGGUCCAGCGCCCAACAAACUUUAUCUGUGGUGCGCAGAAAGCCGGUAUCGGUUUGUGUUUCUCCGUUGUUUACAGCGCACUUCUGACCAAAACCAACAGAAUCGCUCGGAUCUUCAAUGCCGGUAAACGGAGUGCAAGAAGGCCAAGCUUCAUUAGUCCCAAAUCUCAACUGGUCAUCUGCGGAGCGCUGGUCAGUAUCCAGAUAUCAAUUACUGUCGUAUGGCUAGCUUUCACGCCCCCAAAGGCGAUUCAUCAUUUCCCGACUCGAGAAGAUAACCACGUCGUGUGUGCAGCUUCUAUUAACGCCAGCUACAUGGUAGCCUUCGCAUACCCAAUAACUCUAACCCUCAUCUGUACCGUGUACGCUAUUCUUACAAGAAAGAUACCCGAAGCAUUCAACGAGUCCAAAUAUAUAGGUUUUACCAUGUACACCACUUGUAUUAUAUGGCUUGCUUUUGUACCCAUCUACUUCUCCACAGCUGAGCACGUGGCUCUUAACGUUACCUCCAUGUCGUUAGCUAUUAGUCUCAGUUCAACGGUAACUCUAGUUUGCCUGUUUACUCCUAAACUUUACAUUCUGCUAUUACAUCCAGAGAAAAACAUCCGCCAGUCGAUGAUGCCUCAGAACAAAUAUGGAACUUUAAAAAAUACUACGUUAACCACCACGUCGUCGGCCCGGGUGGAAUCGGGCACGCAAUCUGAAGACUACGAAAUGAGCGGGAAGAUCCGUUCUUUUUGUUCCAUCAGCAGUUCGGUAUCCCGGAUCAGUUGUGCUACACAGACUCCGAACGGACCACCAGCCGAACUUAGCUACGCAGAUAAGGACGUUUUUCUGUGAGGAUCAGUUUCUAGAUCGCCCCGCACUCCGACAAAACGGAUCAAACGAGUUGUCUACAGUGGGGAUCUACGCACGUGAAUAGCAGCGAAAGUGAAAGUAACGGAAACGAUAUACAUAUCGUAUUCAUAGAUGCGAUAUUUUCCGCGCGUUUGUCAUUUACCUGAUUAUUGUUAGAGUAUAGAUAUUAGGGAUUUUUUUUCUCGAACAUUCUUCAGCGUUACCAUGUUCACUUCUUCCACUUGUACUCCGAAAUGUAAAUAACUCUCUAACAUUAGUUAUCACAUGACGAUUGUUUAACAUUAUCGAAACAUUAGGUUGUUGUGGUACCGCAAUAAAAAAAAAAGUGUAAUAACGACCACAGCAGCCACCUGGAUGUUAUCAUUUUCUGUUGGUAACUAUUGAGAGUACUUAAUGAUAUUAUUGUUAACAUUUCAAAAUAUAUAUUAAAUAAGCGUUGAUUUUCCUGCCGCUUGAAUAUAGUAAACCCCUGAAAUUUAUCGUAUGGAACGAACUGAAACACCUUCAAAGUACCACGUGUUUAUUUCCUCGUGAAUAAUGUGAUAUUUCAAACGGAUGUGGUAAGACAAAUGGACCGUUAAUAAUGGGGCUCCGGUCGUAAAGUGAUUACCCAUUCGUAUAUAUAUAUAUAUCCUUGUUAUUUCAAGUAAAGAGCGUAACGCCCUUCCCGAGAUAUCACAGGAUCCUAUAAAAGUUGCAGCUAGUACAAUAUCGUGUAGUUUUUCUGAAUAUUAAAACUAUGUUCGAAGUAUCGAAUGUUACCAUAUAGUUUUGGUUUUAGUUCUCGGUUAACAAAUGAUGUGUUACUGCUUCAGGGCUGAAAGACACUAAACCUUCCUCUCUUGUAGUACUAUGUGACAAUAUGCUAAUAUUUUAACACUAUAUGAGACUGAAUGUGCCCUUCUCUGGAAACUUCAUGACGCCAGUAGUGCUGAAUGAUACUAGAUGUGCCAUUUCUUGAGGUGACGAGUAGUACCAAAUAUACCAAUCAUUUAGCACUCGACAACUUUGGAUGUGACACUUCGUGACGCCAGUAGUGCUGAAUGAUACUAGAUGUGCCAUUUCUUGAGGUGAUGAGUAGUACCAAAUAUACCAAUCAUUUAGCACUCGACAACUUUGGAUGUGACACUUCAUGACGCCAGUAGUGCUGAAUGAUAUUAGAUGAGUCAUUUCUUGAGGUGAUGAGUAGUACCAAAUGUACCAAUCAUUUAGCACUCGACAACUUUGGAUGUGACACUACAUGAUACUAGAUGUGCUAAAUGAUACUAGAUGUGGCAUUUUGUGAGGUGAUGAGUACUACCAAAUAUACCAAUCACUUAGCAUUCGACAACUUUGGAUGUGAGACUACAUGGCACUAGAUGUGGCAUUUUUGGAGGUGAUGAGUACUACCAAAUAUACCAAUCACUUAGCAUUCGACAACUUUGGAUGUGAGACUACAUGGCACUAGAUGUGCUUCACUGUUGUUACACUGAAUGACAUAAAUGUGACACUCGUUGAACGACACUAAAUGUGACAUUAUUUUAGUGUUGAAUAACAUUGGAUAAUCCACUCUUUUAAUUCGGGACAGUAACGAGUGUUUUAUAAUAGCGGAUGUAUGUAUCAC